CGCGGCGCAGAGCAGGCUGCGUUCGGGCGCUGCCAGUAGGGCUCCCCCUCCAUAGCAACCGUUUCGUCCAGGCUCGGCGGCGUGACGUCGGCAGCGCUUCCGCCCGGCUCGCGCCUCUCUCUCGCUCCUUCCUGUUCCCGCGCCUCGCCCAGCAGCAGCACCGAGUGAGGCAGCCGCUCCCCGGACUCCGAUCCCCGCCGAGACCAUGGCAUCAGGAGUACAAGUGGCUGAUGAAGUAUGCCGUAUCUUUUAUGACAUGAAAGUUCGGAAGUGCUCCACGCCAGAGGAAAUCAAGAAAAGGAAGAAGGCAGUUAUCUUCUGUCUCAGUGAAGACAAAAAGUGCAUUGUUGUGGAAGAAGGCAAAGAAAUCCUGGUGGGAGAUAUUGGCGUAACGGUUUUUGAUCCUUUCAAGCAGUUUGUGCAGAUGCUCCCUGAAAAGGAUUGCCGUUAUGCCUUGUACGAUGCAAGCUUUGAAACAAAGGAGUCAAAAAAAGAAGAGCUGAUGUUCGUCCUGUGGGCACCAGACCAAGCGCCUCUCAAGAGUAAGAUGAUCUAUGCAAGCUCUAAGGAUGCAAUCAAAAAGAAAUUUCAAGGCAUAAAGCACGAAUGUCAAGCAAAUGGGCCAGAGGACCUUAACCGAGCUUACAUUGCCGAUAAGCUAGGAGGCUCCCUAAUCGUAGCCUUUGAAGGCUGUCCUGUGUAGAUGCCAUACAGUGCCACAACUCUACAAGCAUUCCAUGUUUUAAUAUAUCAAUGAUGUAAAGCAACCAUUCUAAACCAGGGUUUCACUAAUGGUGGGGAAGCUGUCUGUCUUGUAGAAUAAAGUAGACUUUGGAGACGUAGUUGAUAUGUACAAAUGAUCCUAAAUAAAUCAAGUCUAAGGAU